AGCUUUGAGCUCCUUCAGUAAACAAAGCCGCAAGAUGCAUUUUGGGAUGUUCUGUACACUAGCCAAUUAUCCAUCCUUCUUCGUUUAGAAAUUUUUGCACACAUAGGAUGAAAGUAGAGUUUCGAGGGAUCAGACGGUUCCCAAGCCACCCGUAAAAAUCCGCAGCGAAACGCAUCAUCCCCUUUCCUUCCUCGUCGUGCUCCCAGCCUCCAAACGACCACUCUCCCCCGCUCAGCUCCCACACUCGCCUCCCAUGGCGUCCCUCCUCUUCCUGCCGCACACGACGCCCACGGCCUCCCCGCGCGCCGCGGCCAGGCCCAGGGCCGGGGCCAUCACCUGCGGCCCGCGCGACAACCGCGGCCCGCUCCAGCGCGGCCGCUCCCUCUCCACGGAGGCCAUCCACGCCGUGCAGUCCCUCAAGCGCCUCACCGCCGCCGACCGCUCCCCGUCGGCCGCCCGCGGCGCGGCCUCCGCGUCCCUCGGCCGCCUCCUCCGGGCCGAUCUCCUCGCCGCCAUGGCCGAGCUCCAGCGGCAGGGCCACUGGUCCCUCGCCCUCGCCGCGCUCCACGUGGCGCGCGCCGAGCCCUGGUACCGGCCCGACCCGGAGCUCUACGCCACGUUCGUCUCCUCCUCGCCGCCCUCCGAGGCCGCCGGCGGCGCCGUGGACGCGCUCGUGGAGGCGUUCCUCGAGGAGAAGGAGGAGCGGCGCGGCGGCGGGCGGCUCUCGGAGUCGGAGGGGCCGUGGGUGGGGGUGGACGUGUACAAGCUCACGAGGCUGGUGCGCGCGCUGGUGGCCAAGGGCAGGGCGCGCGCGGCGUGGCGGGUGUACGAGGCGGCGGUGAGGAGGGGAGGCUGCGAGGUGGACGAGUACAUGUACCGGGUGAUGGCGCGGGGGAUGAAGCGGCUGGGGCUCGAGGCCGAGGCGGCGGAGGUGGAGGCCGACUUCGCCGAGUGGGAGGCCAGGGUCUCGCCGCCGGCGAGGCACCUGCUCGACGAAAUGCGCGCGAGGGAGGAGAGCAACAAGACGACGACGACGGCUUAGUAUUUUUGUACUGAAAAGUAAAUCGAGAGUGCGCGAGUGUGAUCAUUGUGUUCUUUUAUUACUGGAAAGUAAAAAUGUCGUGCUGCUUGCCACAGUUCAUGUCCAGAAAGUUCACAGCGAACAAGUUCAAUUUCGA